AUGCCUGCUAUUGGAAUUGAUCUUGGUACAACCUACUCCUGUGUUGGCGUUUGGCAGCAUGGAGGAGUGGAAAUCAUCGCAAAUGACCAAGGAAACCGAACCACACCAUCUUACGUCGCAUUCACGGAUACGGAACGACUAAUUGGCGAUGCUGCGAAGAACCAGGUAGCUUUGAACCCCAACAACACAGUCUUCGACGCAAAACGACUUAUUGGGCGCAAAUUCGAUGAUCCCAAAAUACAACAAGAUAUGAAACAUUGGCCUUUUAAAAUCGUCAACGACUGUGGCAAGCCAAAGAUUCAGGUUGAAUUCAAAGGGGAGGCUAAAAGAUUUGCACCAGAGGAGAUCAGCAGCAUGGUUCUAGUGAAGAUGAAGGAGACAGCGGAGGCCUAUAUUGGGUCGUCAAUUCGCGACGCGGUCGUCACGGUGCCCGCCUAUUUCAAUGACUCACAGCGUCAGGCGACCAAGGACGCCGGUGCCAUAGCUGGUAUUAAUGUCCUUCGUAUUAUCAACGAGCCUACUGCAGCAGCACUUGCCUAUGGUCUGGACAAGAACUUAAAAGGUGAGCGAAACGUCCUAAUUUUCGACCUCGGCGGCGGCACUUUCGACGUUUCCAUUCUAACCAUCGACGAAGGAUCGCUUUUCGAGGUGAAAGCGACCGCUGGAGACACGCACCUUGGAGGCGAAGACUUCGAUAACCGUCUUGUAAACCAUCUAUCUGAAGAGUUCCAGCGCAAGUAUAAGAAAGGUUUACGUUCCAACCCACGCGCGCUGAGACGCCUCCGCACUGCUGCGGAGCGCGCCAAACGCACUUUAUCAUCCAGCACCGAGGCCACAAUCGAAAUCGACGCCUUGUACGAGGGAAUCGACUUCUAUACACGCGUAUCGCGGGCUCGCUUCGAAGAACUGAACGCUGAUCUCUUCAGAGGCACUCUUGAGCCAGUGGAGAAAUCACUUAAAGAUGCAAAAAUGGACAAGAGCCAAAUUCACGACGUCGUCUUGGUCGGUGGGUCCACCCGCAUUCCGAAGAUCCAGAGCUUGUUACAGAACUUCUUCUGUGGCAAGAAGCUCAACCUGUCCAUCAACCCCGACGAAGCUGUGGCAUAUGGCGCGGCUGUUCAAGCUGCUAUCCUGAGUGGUGAGUCGGACUCAAAGAUUCAAGACGUUCUUUUGGUGGAUGUGGCGCCAUUGUCCCUGGGUAUCGAAACUGCCGGUGGCGUCAUGACAAAAAUAAUCGAGCGAAACUGCAAGAUUCCAUGCAAACAGUCGCAGACGUUCACCACCUACUCUGACAAUCAACCGGCCGUCACCAUCCAAGUAUAUGAAGGAGAGCGAGCGAUGACAAAGGACAACAACCUCCUCGGCACUUUCGAUCUGACAGGAAUCCCGCCAGCACCGCGAGGCGUACCCAAAAUCGACGUCACAUUUGACCUGGACGCCAACGGUAUCCUCAACGUAUCGGCGAAGGAAAACAGCACCGGCCGCAGCAAGAACAUAGUAAUCAAGAAUGACAAGGGACGUCUAUCGCAAGCUGAAAUAGACAGGAUGUUGUCUGAAGCUGAACGUUAUAAGGAGGAAGACGAGAAGCAAAGGCAACGGGUAUCUGCGCGUAAUCAACUGGAAUCUUACGUGUUCAGCGUCAGACAAGCCCUGGACGAUGCUGGGGCUAAGUUAACAGACCAGGAUAAGGUUUCAGCUAGGACACAAUGCGACGAGGCGCUCCGCUGGCUAGAUAAUAACACCCUGGCUGAGAAGGAAGAAUACGAGCACAAGUUGAAGGAACUUCAGCGGGUAUGCUCUCCCAUCAUGAGCAAGCUUCACGGAGCUGGUGGUGCACCUGGAGCUCAGCCGAACGGACCCACAGUAGAGGAAGUCGAUUAA